CCAGAGUUUGAAGUGAUUCGAAAACAGAACCAGCAUGUAAUGAAAGGAGGGGUAUUUAAGCCCGAUGGGUGUACAGCAUGGCAGAAAGUUGCAGUUAUAGUACCAUAUCGCGACCGUCUUCACCAUCUUAAAAUACUUUUAAAUAGACUACACUCCAUGUUGGUGAAACAAAAAAUACAUUACCAGAUAUUUGUGGUGGAACAGCUAGGAAAAGAUAAAUUUAACAGAGGAAAACUGAUGAAUAUUGGAUAUUUAGAAGCUUUAAAACAAAAUAAAUUUGACUGUUUUGUUUUCCAUGAUGCUGACUUGCUUCCUGAACACAACCAGAACUUAUACAUGUGUGAUCAGUACGCUAGACACUUGUCAUCUGCUAUUGAUGAGAUGAGAUAUCAUGUAAUGUAUUACAACUACGCGGGAGGAGUCAUAGCUAUAAAUAGAGAUAACUACCAGCGUAUUAACGGUUAUUCAAAUUCUUAUUGGGGGUGGGGCAAUGAGGAUGAUGACCUAUCGGCAAGAAUCCAGGAAUCAGGGCUCUUGAUAACUCGACCACCAGAACAUAUCGGCAGAUUUAAAAUGGUACGACAUGCUAAAUUAUCUCGCUCAGAGCAUGGGUUAGUUUUUCAUUUUUAA